AUGGUAUGCAAGGAAGAUACCAUGAAGUGUAUUGGAAAUGCCGCUGUACAUAUUCCACAGGAGUGGUACCAACCAGGUGAUGUCCUUAUUGGUGGGAUGGCUUCUCAUAGCCUGUAUCUUUUCCCCAAAAUUGAGUUCCACCAACAUCCUUCGGAGGAGAUAUUUGACAUACCGUUUGUGGUGACAAAGUUCUACCAGCACAUCCUGACCUUGGCAUUUGCAGUCAAUGAGCUCAAUGAGAAUCCCCAAAUCCUGCCCAAUAUUACACUUGGGUUCCACAUCCACGACAGCUUCACCAAUGCAAAGAUGACCUACCGUACCACUUUGGAUCUGCUCUUCAAAUCACACACUUUUGUUCCCAACUACAAAUGUGGUAUCCAGAACAAUCUAAUAGGAGUCAUUGGUGGACUAGACUUUGAUACAUCCUCACUAAUGGCAGGCAUCUUAAGUAUUUACAAGAUUCCACAGCUGUCCUAUGGCUCAUUUCAAUCAACUGUGAGUGAUGGAACCCAUUCCCCUUCUUUUUAUCACAUGGUCCCCAAUGAUGAUGUUCUGUACCUGGGAAUAGUUGAGUUGCUUCAGCAUUUUGGAUGGAAAUGGAUUGGGCUUAUUACUCAAGAUGAUGAUGCAGGACAAAAUUUCUUGAAGGUCUUGGAGUCGAAGCUUUCUCUGAAUGGAAUCUGUUCAGCUUUCACAGAAACCGUUCCAAAGAUCCACCGAUACACUAGCAUGGCUGAUAUAUUCAAUAAUUAUCUCAAUGACAUUCCACUUCUCUUAGAAAGCAAAGCUAAUGCAGUUGUUAUAUAUGGAGAAAGUUUAUCCAUUAGGAGGUUGGCAAGCAUUAUACUGAGAAGAGCCCUGAAUUCUCUCACAGACUUCUCAGACUUCUCUAUGGAGAAACAUGCCACAGGAAAGGUGUGGAUUACCACAGCCCAAAUUGAUUUCACAUUAACCACAUUUCUAAGGAUUUUUAGUAUGCAAACAUUUGAUGGUGCAAUUUCCUUCACAAUCCACACAAAGGAGAUUCUACGAUUCCAACUGUUUCUUCAGCUUCUAAACCCUUUAAGGACAAAAGGAGAUGGCUUCAUCACAGAUUUUUGGGAGCAAGCAUUUGAUUGCUUUAUUCCUAAUUCUGAUCAGCCAACAGAUGUCUCUGAAUCAUGCAGUGGGAAGCAGAAAUUGGAGAGUCUUCCAGCACCUUUUUUUGAAAUGAGCAUGACUGGUCAUAGCUACAGUAUCUAUAAUGCUGUCUAUGCUCUGGCACAUGCUUUACAUGCCAUGUACUCAUCUUGGUCCAAACACAGGGUAAUAGAGGAUGAGGGCAGACAGGCACCUUGGAAUGUGGAACCCUGGCAGCUCCACUCAUGGCUUCAGAGAAUCUCAUUCAACAAUAGUGCUGAGGAAGAAAUUAGAUUUAAUGAACAUGGAGAAUUAGUAUCUGGUUUUGAUAUGACAAACUUGGUCACUUUCCCAAAUAACUCAUAUGUCAGGGUCCAAGUUGGAAGUCUGGAUCUUCAGGCUCCUCCAGGCAAAAAACUCACCAUUAAGGAGGACAGAAUCCAGUGGCACAGACACUUGACUCAGGUGCCUCCUCAGUCACUGUGUAAUGACAACUGCCAACCUGGUUCCAGCAGGAAAAGGAAGGAGGGGGAGAAGUUUUGCUGCUAUGACUGCACUCUGUGUCCAGAAGGGAUGAUCUCAGAUCAGAAAGACAUGGAUUACUGUGUCUCUUGCACAGAAGGUCACUAUCCAAACAUGGUCCAAGAUCAAUGUAUUCCCAAGGUUGUGAUCUUCCUCUCUUUUGAAGAACCUUUGGGAAUCACUUUAGUCUUUUUGGCACUUUUCUUUUCUCUUAUCACGGCUUUGGUACUCGGAAUCUUUAUUAAGCAGCGAGACACUCCCAUUGUCAAAGCCAACAAUCGGAGCCUCACCUAUGUUCUCCUCAUCUCUCUCCUCCUUUGCUUCCUCUGCUCCUUGCUAUUCAUUGGGCAGCCUAAACCCAUCACCUGCUUCCUCCGCCAACCAGCUUUUGGCAUCAUCUUCUCCACUGCUGUUUCUUCUGUUUUGGCCAAAACCAUUACAGUGGUUGUGGCUUUCAUGGCCUCCAAACCAGGAAACAUUUUUCGGAAAUGGAUGGGGAAGACCUUAGCGCAUUCUAUUGUCUUUUCCUGCUCUCUUGUUCAAAUAGGCAUUUGUGCUGUUUGGCUGAGUACUUCUCCUCCGUUCCCAGAUUUGGACAUGCACUCACUAUCGGGAGAAAUCACAGUGGAAUGUAAUGAAGGGUCAGCUGUCAUGUUUUAUUAUGUUCUUGGCUACAUGGGCCUUCUGGCUAUUGUCAGCUUCUCUGUGGCCUUCCUAGCCAGGAAGUUACCUGACAGUUUCAAUGAAGCCAAGUUCAUCACCUUCAGCAUGUUGGUCUUCUGCAGUGUUUGGCUGUCCUUUGUUCCAACCUACUUGAGCACGAGAGGAAAAUAUAUGGUAGCUGUGGAGAUCUUCUCCAUCUUAGCCUCCAGUGCUGGGUUACUGGGCUGCAUUUUUUCUCCCAAAUGUUACACUAUUGUGUUGAGACCUGAUUUGAACAAAAGAGAGCAGCUAAUAAGAAAAUAUAAAAUCUGA